CCGCGGGCGCCCUCCGCGCCGCCGCUCCGCGGGGCCAUGGCGCGCGGCGGCGCUGGGCCGCCGCCGCGCUGGGCGGCGCUGCUGGUGGCCGGCGGCGGAGCCGCGGCCGCGCCAACCACGGUCGAGGUCUACUACUCGACUACGUGCCCCAACUGCUUGCAGCUCAUCCAGGACGGCGCCCUGCCCCUGCUGGAGGCGGGACUGCCCGACGACCAGGUGCGCGUGACGCUGCUGCCCUGGAAGGGGGACCGCCCCGGCGUCGCCUCCGCCCACCUCUGCGCGCUCCGAGGCGAGGCGGGCGCCGGCGCCACCGCUGGCAGUGCGCCGCCGGCCGGCGCGCGCUUCGUGGCCUGCGACCUGGUCAAUCUCAUUGUUCCCGACGCACCAGACCGCACGGAGGAGACCGCGCGGAGCUGCGCGGCGCAAGCGGGCAUGGCGUGGGACGGCGCGGGAGGCCUGAAGACGUGCUACGACGGCGGCGAGGGCGCGGGGAUGCUGCAGGGCGCCGAGUACGCGCGGCAGAUCGCGGACGCGGACGGCAGGACGCCCGGCGGGGCUCCCUGGCCGCCCCCGCGGGCCUCUGGUGCGCGCAGGAGGGGCCCUUCGCCGAGCAGCUCCACGCUCGCCCCCCCCCCCCGCCAUCCCUCUCCCGCCAUGAGCGAGCUGGGUCCCGGUGCCGCCAGCUUCUUCGAUCCGCACUUCCACAUCUUGGAGAGGCGAGUCCACGCAGUCUGGGCACGACGGGAAGAUACUGUUCAAGCCAGGGGGGAAGGAGUGCUACCUCCGCAGCGACUACGAGGCGGAGUUCGCCGGGCUGCCGAGCCCCCUGCGCCACCGAGGCGGCGUCUUCGUGGAGGAGCGCACCCUCGGAGAGGUGCGGCGAGGGGCGGCAGCGGCGUCUCUCUGCCCUCCCCUCGCCCAGAGCCCCUCGCGGGCGCGCCGCCGACGGUCCACCGCCGCGGGGGAGGCCGUGUCGUACCUGCUGGUUCCCACCUGCGCUCUGGAGCACGGCCCGACGCCGCGGAGGUGCUGAGGGAGCUCGCCAGGAGCCCGGCCACCCGGGGCGUCAGGCAGAUCCUCAACUUCGAGCCGAACUGGCCGAGGAACGGGGCGCUGGGCGACCUCCUGGACAGCCCGCAGUGGCGCGAGGGCUUCGGGCUUCUGAAGACGGUGGGCUUCAGCUUCGACAUGCAGCUCAACCCGCCUCAGUACCAGAAGGCAGUCGCACUGCUGAAGGAGCACCUCGACACGACCGUGAUCAUAAACCACCUGGGCUGUCCGACCAUGGCAGACCUGACGGAGAAGAAGGACCAGUAUUGGUCUGGCAUGGAGGCAUUGGCGGCGCUGCCGAACACAUACAUCAAGCUGAGCAUGCUGUGCUACGCGGACCCGAACUGGGACGAGAGCGAGGUGGUCGUCAGUGCGGUGCACCGAGUAAUCUCCACGUUCGGCGCGAGCCGGUGCAUGUUUGCCUCCAAUUACCCGGUGGACGUCAAAGACGGCUGGCCUGCGGCAAGGUUGUUUUCUGCUUUCCUGAAGCUUGCCGAACGAUACAGCGACGAGGAGCGUGCUCACCUCUUCAUCGGUGCUGCACAGCGAGCGUACCGCUGGGUGCAGUAGCCUCUGAGAAACCUGGACUUCCCUGCGGCGCCUGCAUUCCACGGGCUGCUUCUGUGCGUCCUGCAGGCUUGGUUUCGGGAGCAGGGCCAUGACCAUGAUGCCACGCUCGUCGCCGCCACCGCGCGCAGAUCUAGUAAGCACUCUUCGGUUUUAGGCUCACUGGCGUGAGACGUCCAGGAAAAA